CAGGUUUCAGUUAGUUAACUGUUAUGAAUUACAGAAUGGUUUUAUGAUGUAGAAUUUCUUCAAACAUGGAUGGAAAAGGUCCCAGGACCUUUAAGUUUAAGAAGACACUUAGCUUGAACAAACCAAGUAAAGCCCUCGGCGAGGUAAAGCUUCCUCCUCCAAUCGACAACAAAGUAAACAAUGAAGUAAACAACAAAGUAAUCAACGAGACUGAAGAAGAUGGUUGGUUGACGACACGUCCCUAUUCCUUCAAAGAUGACAGCCGGGAAACAGUUAAUCAAGGGUCCACUACAUCAUCAAAGGCACAACUACAAGAUGAUUUUGCUAAGAAGCCUACAACUGAAAGUAAAACAGUUCCGUUCAGUGGAAGGAAUAAAAAGCCUCAUCAAACCUCCAUCAUGGCAUUUGCUCAGAAGAAAAAACCAGUGGCUGCAGUCGCACCACAUAGGUCCCCUGUGAAGACUGAGGAGGGCGGGGCUAAGAGAAAGCGAUCCCCCGGGAAGGCUGUCAUCAGCAUCCUAGAUGAUGAUGAUGAUGACGAUGACUUCCUUGAUGAUUUCGACAUACCAACAACUCCAGUGGCAAGUAGAAGAAAUGCUAAUUUAUCUACUAGCAGAGAGGAAUCACCAAGAAAGACCAAUAACUUUAACAAGACCACUGACUCAGAAAGACAGAUCAUGGAUGCAUCUGGGAUGACAGAUCUGUUUGGAAACAGCGAUUCAGAUGAAGAAAGUCGUGUAGUAGCUAAGCGACGUCGGACUUUAGAAGAUGCAUCUCCCAAUCAAAGUUCUUCCUCUGUAAUGGGAAAGUGCUUGCCAUUAAGAAAAGGUAAUUCCUUGGAUCGACUUGAGCCUCAGGUGAACAUCAUUCCUACACGACAGGCAGAAUCAAUGUCAAAACCUGAGGAAAACAUCUCUGUUAGAAGAGAAUUACAGACGGCCUCUAAACCAAGGUCUUGGGAAAACAGGGGUGUUAGACUCAGAACUCUCCAAACAGACCAACAAGAACAAAAGUACGGAAACCAACAGAACAUGGGAAUUCCAAAUGCAGCAAUAGAGGUACACGAUGACAACACCCAGACAGAUCUGUUUAAGACAAUGGAGGAGAUCUGUGAUAUAGUGUGUAAGGCUAGCACAGCUGAUCUUAUGUCCAUGCUUCCCCAGAACUAUCAACGACUCCAACAUCUACUGGCUCUAAGGAAGCAGUUGAAGGAUUCUCAUGCUGCAAAAGAGCAGAAUAGAAGCAUAAAGAGAUUGUCAGCACCAGCAGCAACAUUGACAAGCAUUGCAGCAGGCAGUAAGCUCCCCUUGUCAGAUAAUUAUCAGACAUUUGACAGUGUGGAUUCAGCUUCACAUCAGAAUAGUGUGAAAUCCGGUGAUAUAUGUAGUCCCAUAGUGCCACCCAGGUCAGCACUGUUGUCCAAUACCUCAACCCCUGCAGCAGAAAAGACAUUUAAUUCUCCAAGUUCUGGUCCUAGUAGGUCCUUCUCUUUCAAGAAGACCACUCCCACGGGUUUUAAUUCCCCAAUACCCUGUGGAGACAGCUUCUUUGAGGAGGAUGCUAAAUUGACUCAAACGCAUCACAGUUUCAUCAGCUCAUUCAACAGGAAAUCUCCCAGUUCUUCAUUCAAAGAGCCACCUGUGAUGAGUUUCAACCAAUCAGCCACUUCCUCAUUUAUGAACCAAUCAGAUACAUCAUAUUUGAACCAAUCAGCAUCUACCUCUCAUUUCAACCAAUCAACUGAUAGAUGUCCCUCAUUUAGUACUUCACACAACCAAUCGUUGGGAACAGGCAACUCAUUAAGUACCAUUGAAGCACCAUCGACCACAGACUUUAGCUUUGACUAUAAACUGAAUAAUGACAGUGGUGUGAUACAGACACAGCCAGCUAGGCAGGACAAACUUUCCACUAGUGUUCCAGACUCUGAAGACGAGGCUGAUUUGAUUGAUCAGUUUCCUGAGGAACUGUUUGCCCCUGAUGACUUUGACUCGGAAUUUACAGAGGAAGUGCAGUCAGACUCUUUACCACAGAUUUCUGUGACGCCUAGAAGACAGAGCACCAGUCAGAGCUUUGUCUCCCCACCAAGCACCAAGAGGAGAGAGGAGGAGGAGAACAAGGAGUUUGAUGGCUAUAACUUCCCACACAGUGUGAUCAUGAGGGAGACGUUCAACCAGGUGUUUGGUUUACGUGAAUUCCGUACUAACCAACUCAAGGCUAUCAAUGCUGCACUGUUAGGAAAUGACUGUUUUAUUCUCAUGCCUACAGGUGGCGGUAAGAGUCUGUGUUACCAGCUGCCUGCCCUGGUGACGGGGGGCGUGUCCAUCAUUAUAUCCCCCCUGAAGGCUCUGAUACAGGACCAGGUCACCAGGCUCUGCUCCAUGGAUAUACAGGCAGGUCAGCUUUCAUCAGACAUGGACCAGAGUCAAUCUGAUCAGAUCUACAGAAAACUGUACUACAAAACCCCGGAGAUCACACUACUCUAUGUCACUCCAGAAAAGAUUUCAGCCAGUGGUAAGCUGUUGAGUAGUUUGGAAAAUUUACACAGAAGAGGGAAGUUGACUAGAUUUGUUAUUGAUGAGGCUCACUGUGUCAGCCAGUGGGGACAUGACUUCCGGCCAGACUAUAAGAAGCUGGGGGUCCUGAAACAGAAGUACCCAGGAGUUCCUAUGAUGGCACUGACUGCCACGGCCAACAUGAGAGUCCGUAAGGAUGUUAUCUAUCAGCUGGGAAUGAAAAAUCCAAAAUGUUUUGUUCAGAGCUUCAAUCGCCCAAAUUUGAAAUUCCGAGUUGAACCUAAGAAACCGUCAACACUAACAGCAGAUGUGACAAAACUGAUAAAGGAACAGUUCCCAGGAAAGUGUGGCAUUGUGUAUUGUCUUUCCAGAAAGGAAUGUGACACGGUAGCUGCUGAGCUGAGUAAAUCUGGUAUCCAGGCUGUAUCCUACCACGCAGGUCUCAGUGACAACGACAGAAUCUCUAUCCAGGAAAAGUGGCUCAAUGGACAGAGAUGUAAGGUUAUAUGUGCCACCAUUGCCUUUGGAAUGGGGAUUGACAAACCCGAUGUCAGAUUUGUCAUUCAUUACUCCUUGCCGAAGUCCGUGGAAGGAUUUUAUCAAGAGGCGGGGCGAGCCGGGAGGGACGGACUGUUAGCUCACUGUAUAAUGUACUACACGUACCAGGACGUCAAAAGACUGAGGAGGAUUAUAGAGAUGGAUCAGGCAGCCACAUUUGAUUCCAAAAGAGUUCAUAUAGACAACCUCUUCAGAAUGGUACAGUAUUGUGAGAACGUGGCUGACUGUCGACGAUCACAGCUGCUUAAUUACUUUGGAGAACGAGACUUUAAUCGAGAGGAGUGUUGGAAUUUCUGUGGAGCUAUUUGUGACAACUGUGUGUCUAAG